AUGCAUAGGAACUUACCUGCUGUCAGAUGGGUUGGUGGUGUAGAGUUGGAGCUGAUAGCAAUAGCCACAGGUGGGAGAAUUGUGCCCAGAUUUCAAGAGUUGACGCCAGAAAAGCUAGGAAAGGCUGGUUUGGCUGGUUUGGUUCGAGAGAAAUCAUUUGGUACUACAAAAGAUCGGAUGAUUUAUAUUGAACACUGUGCAAAUUCAAGGGCUGUGACCAUAUUCAUUCAUGGUGGUAACAAGAUGAUGGUAGAGGAGACAAAACGCAGCAUCCACGAUGCAUUGUGUGUGGCUAGGAAUCUCAUUCGCAACAAUUAUAUAGUGUAUGAUGGUGGCUCAGCUGAGAUUUCUUGCUCAAUUGCUGUGGAGGCAGCUGCCGAUAAAUUUCCGGGUGUUGAGCAGUAUGCAAUCAGGGCAUUUGCAGAUGCUUUGGAUGCUAUCCCUAUGGCACUAGCUGAGAAUAGUGGUCUCCAACCCAUCGAAACCCUGUCUGCAGUGAAAUCUCAUCAAAUUAAGGAGAAUAAUCCCUGCCGUGGGAUAGACUGCAAUAAUACUGGCACAAAUGACACGCAUGAGCAAAAUGUUUUUGAAGCACUAAUUGGGAAGCAGCAGCAGGUUUUGCUUGCAACCCAAGUUGUUAAAAUGAUCUUAAAAAUUGAUGAUGUUAUCUCCCCUUCCGAGUAUUGAUCUGUCAGGUAAUUUAGCCGAAGUUUUGCUUCACCUAGAACAGUGUCCACAUUUUUUCAGAUCAAAUGGUGACUUGAGUCAUUCCAUUGGUUCUUCGGUUGAAAACUUCUUUCUACAUUUAGAUUGGCCUUGCUUCGUUUUAUGUUGUGAUUAUUGAUGGAUUACUUGGUCAUUGUGACCUCUUUUUGUUCAUUCUGAUGAAAAUUCGGAACAUUCGGAAACGAGGUCUGGUGCAUGGUUCCUCA